AUGAGUGAGUACAACUCGCACUCGCGCUCGCGUUCGCGGGACCGCUCACCAGUUGCUGCUGCUAGCGAACAUGCCCAGGCAUACCCGCCUGCGCACGCCCAGGAGCAGCCCCUGCAGCAGCCGCAGCAGCAGCAGCAGCAGGCUCCGCCGCCGGCUGUGGAAGGCGAUGCCGAUGUCAUCUCGCCCGAGCUGAUGGCCGAGGUCGAGGCCGCACGUAAGCGCGAGCCUGACCCGAACGGCCGUACACCAGCGCCGCCGGCCAAGGUCAUCGGCAUCUUUGGCCUUGACUACUCGAUCGAUGAGGCUGCGCUCCGCGAGAUCCUUGAGCCGCACGGCGCUGUCGUCAAGGCCAAGGUUGUCCGCAACUCGCAGACCAACACCUCGCGCGGCUUUGCCUUUGUCACCAUGGCCUCUAUCAACGACGCCGCCCGGGUCAUCUCCAACAUUAACGGAAUCCAGGUUCGUGGCAAGACGAUCCGCACCGACUUUUCCAAGACCCUGCGUGAGCACUCGCCCACUCCUGGCGAGUACCGCGGUCGGCCCACCGACCGCCGUGGCGGCCGCGGCGGCCGCCGCGGUUAUGGCGACCGCGGCCGCCGCGGUGACCGCGGAGGCUACGGCGACCGCGGAGGCUACGGCGACCGCAGAGGCUACGAUCGCGGAGGCGACCGUGGCGGAUAUGGCGACCGCGGCUACGAUCGGCGCGGUGGCUACGGCGACCGCGGCGGCGACCGUGGUGGUGACCGCGGCGGCUACGGCGACCGCCGUGACCGUGACCGUGGCGGCGACCGCGGCGGCUACGGUGACCGCCGUGACCGUGACCGUGGCGGCGACCGCGGCGGCUACGGUGACCGCCGUGACCGUGACCGUGGCGGCGACCGCGGCGGCUACGACGACCGCCGUGAUCGUGACCGUGGCAGCGACCGCCGCGACCGCGACCGUGGUGGCGACCGCGGCGGCUACGACGACCGCCGCGACCGCGACCGUGGCGGCGACCGCUAUGGCGACGACCGCUACGGCUCGCCGGCCUCGUCAGCCCCGGCCUCGGCCCCGGCCUCGACCCUUCCGCCGCCAAUGGAUUAA